CUCCAACAAAUUAAUCUAUCUAUUUCGAAAAUUAAGUAGAAGAAGAUAUGAGCAAUAAUAGCGGAGCGCAAGCGCUGGAUGAUCGACGCAAGGACGUAUGCUGCUGCAUGGUAUGCCUCCUCUUCAUCGAAGCAGCCACCAUCCCAGCGGCCAUUUUUAUAUUGAAGCCCCAACCGCCACCUUCGCCACAAGUCCAACUCACUGCCGCCAGCGUCUCCGCCACGUCCAACCUCACCAUCAGCUCCUCCGUCUGGCACCUAACCCUCCAGGUGGCGUUCCCCGAGGCCGCCGUUGUCCACUACGACUCUUUCCGGGCCUCCGUCCUCUUCGACAGCGGCAGCGGGCGCGGGCAGCUGGAGAUGGCUGCUGCGAAUUUGCCGGCGCCUUUCGAGGAGAAGGGGGAAUAUUCCACCUUCAACCUGCGCCUGGACUCCAAGCCGGAAGCGAGUAGCAGUGUCCAGGUUGUGGGGUCCAUUCUCAGCGACAUGGUGGCUGCCGGGUCCGCGGACUUCGGAGUUCGGGUAGUGGCUUCCGUCCGGAUCGACACGGAGAAGAAGCAGACGAAGCUGGUGGCUGAUUGCAACCCGGUUAGGAUCGGGUUUCCGGAUCCCCAGUCUACCGCUGCCGGUGGGCUCUCUGGAAGCUUGCCCAUCUCAAUCACCUGCGAUGUGCAGCAUUAACAUUCCAAAAAACUUAUUAAUUACCU